GUCAAGAGGAGGGGUGUAAAACCACGUGUGUCCUCACCAUGUACAGCACUGUCCUUCCUCAGUAGACUUGUUUUUGUAAGUCUGUUCUCCUUUGCAUGUAGAAAGCCUACAUUAAGACAACGGUCAAAGUUUGCACAUUGACUGAUCACAUCAGCAUACUCAGCUGGGGGUCGCCUCUCUGACAGUCGACCAUGGUGAGCAAGACCGAUGACAUCCCGGCGUCAGUGCCCGACUGUAAUCCGCUUGAUCUGGCGAGUGAAGCUGGAGAUGGAGCACAGAAUGAAGAGGGAAUCAGCAAUACCUCCCUGAAGGACUCCUGUGCUUGUGAGCAUAAAGGAGAUACUGUUAUGAUGAACGGGGGCAAAAACCACCAACAAACUGAUGAUACAGAGGCACAGCAAAAUGGAAACGGUGAAGAUUCUAAUGAACAGGAAGUCAUUGUGAUUCAGGACACAGGGUUCACUGUCAAGAUCCAAGCACCAGGAACGGAGCCCUUUGACUUGCAGGUAUCACCACAGGAAAUGGUGCAGGAGAUUCAUCAGGUGUUAAUGGACAGAGAAGACACCUGCCAUCGCACAUGUUUCUCAUUACAGCUAGAUGGAAAUGUUUUGGACAACUUUGCAGAACUCAAGUCAAUUGAAGGGCUACAGGAAGGAUCCAUGCUCAAAGUGGUUGAAGAACCGUACACUGUUCGUGAAGCUCGCAUACAUGUCCGCCACAUCAGAGACCUCCUGAAGAGCCUUGACCCUUCAGAUGCGUACAAUGGUGUGGACUGUAACUCAUUAUCAUUUCUCAGUGUCUUCACUGAUGGAGAUCUUGGAGAUAGCGGCAAAAGAAAGAAAAAAGGAAAUGAACUGGAGCAAAUUGACUGUACCCCUCCAGAGCACAUUCUUCCUGGCAGCAAGGAGCAUCCCUUAGCACCCCUUCAGCCUCAGAACAAGGACUGGAAGCCAAUGCAGUGCUUGAAGGUCCUAACCAUGAGUGGAUGGAAUCCCCCUCCAGGAAACCGAAAGAUGCAUGGCGAUCUUAUGUACCUGUAUAUUGUGACUGUGGAGGAGCGCCAUGUUAGCAUCACUGCCUCAACACGUGGCUUUUACCUCAACCAGUCAACUUCCUACACAUUUAAUCCCAAACCAGCUAAUCCAAGUUUUCUGAGCCAUUCAUUGGUAGAACUGCUAAGCCAGAUAAGCCCAGCAUUCAAGAAGAACUUUACUGCCUUGCAAAAGAAAAGAGUCCAGCGACAUCCCUUUGAGAGGAUCGCCACUCCUUUUCAGGUGUACAGUUGGACAGCCCCACAAGUUGACCACGCAAUGGAUUGUGUUAGAGCAGAGGACGCUUACACUUCUCGUCUUGGUUAUGAGGAGCACAUACCUGGACAGACCCGAGACUGGAAUGAGGAGCUGCAGACAACCAGAGAGCUACCUCGUAAAAACUUGCCAGAACGUCUACUGAGGGAACGUGCCAUUUUCAAGGUACAUAGUGAUUUUGCUGCUGCUGCCACUCGCGGUGCAAUGGCUGUGAUUGAUGGAAACGUUAUGGCCAUAAACCCAGGAGAAGAAACACGAAUGCAGAUGUUUAUCUGGAACAACAUAUUUUUUAGCCUGGGUUUUGAUGUUAGGGACCAUUAUCGGGAGCUAGGAGGUGAUGCUGCCGCUCACGCAGCACCAACCAAUGACUUAAAUGGGGUUCGGGCAUAUGGAGCUGUGGAUGUGGAGGGCUUGUAUACGCUGGGGACAGUGGUAGUAGAUUAUAGAGGAUACCGUGUUACUGCUCAGUCAAUUAUCCCGGGCAUUCUGGAGCGUGAGCAGGAGCAGAGUGUCAUCUAUGGCUCAAUUGACUUUGGAAAGACUGUUGUGUCACACAACAAAUAUUUGGAGCUUCUGGACAAGACGAGCCGGCCUCUUAAGGUCCAAAAGCACAGUGUACUGAAUGAGAAGAAUGAAACGGUGGAGCUGUGCUCUUCUGUAGAGUGCAAAGGCAUUAUUGGAAAUGAUGGCCGUCAUUAUAUUCUUGACUUGCUUCGUACUUUUCCUCCUGAUUUAAACUUCCUGCCUGUGGAGGGGGUGGAGCUCCCUGCUGAAUGUCAGCGCCAAGGUUUCCCCCGCCCACACAGACACCGCCUAGCUUGUUUACGCCAGGAGUUAAUUGAGGCCUUUGUUGAACACAGAUAUCUUCUCUUUAUGAAAAUGGCUGCAUUGCAGCUCAUGCAACAGAAAGCUAAUAAAGACACCAAAACUAAUGUUGCUCUUACAGAAGGCUCAGAAACAACCUCGAACAAAAUGGACCUAACUCAAACAGUGAAUGCUGAUUCCAAUUCUCUAGCAGUUUCUACAGAUAUCAGUACUUCUGCUGACUCAUCAAACACAACUGAAGGCAAAGACUCAAGCCCCACCACUAAUGGUCCUCUAGACACUGCCACAGCUACCCAGAACGGAGCAUGCAAGAGCCCACUGGAGGGUAAGGAGCUUGAGGAUAGUAUUCCGGGAUUAGCUCAGGCCAAAGAGCUUGCGGAGACCUUAGUAACUGAAGAUGGAACUGGAAUUGACCCCAAAAGCAGAGAGGUAGUCCUGAAUGCAUGCAAAGCGGUUGGCUCCAUCAGCAAUACAUCCUUUGAUAUACGCUUCAACCCUGAUAUUUUCUCUCCAGGAGUGCGAUUUCCAGAAGACAGCACUGAUGACAUCCAAAAACAAAAGCAGCUCCUAAAAGAUGCUGCUGCAUUCUUGCUGUCUUGUCAGAUCCCCUCACUGGUCAAAGACUGUUUGGAUCACAGUGCUCUGCCUAUGGAUGGAGCCACAUUGACCGAGGCUCUGCACCAGCGAGGCAUUAAUGUUCGGUACUUGGGAACUGUUCUGGAUUUCAUUGACAAGACUCCUGCCAAAUCGCAGCUGGAACAUGUCUAUAGAAUAGGAAUAAGUGAGCUUAUCACCAGAUGUGCUAAACAUAUCUUCAAGACAUACCUUCAGGGUGUGGAGUUGUCAGCCCUAUCUGCAGCCGUGAGCCACUUCCUGAAUUGUUUCUUGAGCUCUUUUCCUGAUGCAGUGGCCCAUUUGCCCCCUGAUGAGCUGGUGUCACGUCGCAAAAGUCGCAAGCGCCGCAACAGAGUCCCUGGCAGUGGGGACAAUACAGCGUGGGCCAGUCUGACUCCCAGCGAGCUAUGGAAAAACAUAAUUUCAGAGGCUCAAUCUUACUAUCACUUUACUGUAGAUUGUGAAAGCGUUGACCAGGUUGUGGAGAAAUAUGGUCUCCAGAAGAUCACUCUUCUCAGAGAGAUUUCAAUAAAAACAGGAAUUCAGAUCCUAAUUAAAGAGUACAACUUUGACAGCCGCCAUAAGCCAGCCUUUACAGAAGAGGACAUCUUGAAUAUCUUCCCUGUUGUGAAACAUGUGAAUCCCAAAGCCUCAGAUGCCUUUCACUUUUUUCAGAGCGGUCAGGCCAAAGUACAACAAGGGUUUCUGAAGGAGGGAAGUGAGCUCAUCAAUGAGGCUCUCAACCUUUUUAACAAUGUUUAUGGAGCCAUGCAUGUUGAGAUUUGUGCCUGUCUACGUCUCUUGGCACGCCUUAAUUAUAUUAUGGGGGACCACGCAGAGGCUCUUAGUAACCAGCAAAAAGCUGUUUUGAUGAGUGAAAGAGUGCUGGGCAUUGAGCACCCAAACACCAUUCAAGAAUAUAUGCACUUGGCUCUCUAUUGCUUUGCCAAUGGACAGCUGUCAACUGCCCUGAAGCUGCUUUACCGCGCUCGUUAUCUCAUGCUGUUGGUCUCUGGAGAAGACCACCCAGAGAUGGCUCUUCUUGAUAGUAACAUUGGUCUGGUACUGCAUGGAGUAAUGGAGUAUGACUUAUCACUGCGCUUCCUUGAAAAUGCCUUAACCAUCAAUACAAAAUAUCACGGACCUCGAUCUCUGAAAGUGGCUCUUAGUCACCAUUUGGUAGCCAGAGUCUAUGAAAGCAAAGCAGAAUUUCGUUCUGCACUUCAACAUGAAAAGGAAGGUUAUACAAUCUACAAGAACCAGAUGGGUGAGGUGCAUGAAAAAACAAAGGAAAGCUCAGAGUAUCUGAAGUACCUUACGCAACAAGCUGUAGCACUUCAGAGGACAAUGAAUGAAAUUUACAAGAAUGGCUCCAAUGCCAGCAUCAUGCCUGUAAAGUUUACUGCCCCCAGCAUGGCAAGUGUCUUAGAACAGCUCAACAUUAUUAAUGGGAUCAUCUUUAUACCUCUCAGUCAAAAAGAUCUGGAGAACUUGAAGGCUGAGGUGCAGAGGCGACAGCAGUUGCAAGAGUUGGGAAAGACUGAGGAGAACUUGGAAGAGGCCCCACUGGAACUGGAGGACAAAAUUCCUAUUGAUUAACGUUUAACAGGCAUACGCAAUAACACAAUGGUCAAGUCAUUUAGCCCGGACACUUCAAUCAACUUGAAAUAGUAUGGGAGGGGUGACACACAAAUUGUGUGUUUUUUAUAGGCCUUUAAAUGUAUUUCCUAUCUUAUAGGAAAUGAUGAGAGGAAUAUAAACAUGCCAGAUCAAUGUUAACAAGCAAUGCAGAUAUACCUGGUCCAAUAUGACAAGGUGUGAAUAAAUAAGUAUGCAGCCAAGCAAGAGAGACCAAGAUGACCAUGACAUUGUAGGCCAGGGCCUUAUUAAAUGUAUCCUAGUACUUACUCGUCCUGCUUCAGAUUUGCACAGUACUAUUAGUCCAAAUCUCAUUUAACCAUGCAUUUCUCUGAAACCCCUUGAUCUUUGGACAUGUAGUCGUUUGCCUGCCCUGUUCUGCUGGUAUGGCACCAAUCCUCUCCUCGAACUCAGGAGCCAUUUCUACUGUGCACUAAGAGCAACAACAUUGUUUAAGCCAACAAUGCAUUGUUCAAAGGUUUUUAGAUUGUAAGGAUUUCCACUACAUUAUUUUAGGUCUGUAGUGGUUGAUUUUUCUCAAUUAUUUUGUGAUGAAGGUGCCCACAAUCAUUCAUAACUGUCAAUACAAGCUGCGCUAUAGUGUGAGAGUGAAACUUUCUUUGUAACAGUGUGUAGGAGACGGUAUUUAGGGCCUGAUGAUUUAUUAAUUUAAGCCAUGUCUAAUUUAUAGAACCUGUAUAGAAGCAGAAAGAUGUAUAAAUCUAUCAGAAAGAGGCAAAUAUUUGAUUGUAAUGGAUUUGCAAAUUAAAAAAAAAAAACGUCCAUGGUCUAAAAGCAGUAGAAUAUCUAUUUAGUAGCAGUAAUCUAUUUUUACACACUGUGGCAUGUUGUAUACUUGUGUGUUAAUUCUUUGUGCUGUCAAAGAGAAGAACGUUUGGCUUGGGCUGUUGCUGCUUCUGCUGCUGUGUAGUUUAUGUUGAAGCUAAAGAACAAUAGUAUACUAUCCAGAUGUUUUAUUUUUCUAUAUAAAAGUACAUCUACGGGAUAGUUGUUGUUUCUUGAGUUAAAACAAUCAAUGCCUGCUGAUCUUGUAACUCAAUUAAUGUAUCAUGAAGGUACUAGAAAUUGAGUGCUCAACUUGAGCAGUAGUAACUGAUUCCAUUGUAUUCAUUUUUACUUUGUCUUGUUUUUAUUUUUAUUUUUUUGGGUAAUGUCUUUUUCUAUGUCAUGGACAUAAAACUAUCUCUGAUUGUCAGUUCAUUGAGCAGUAUUCAGUGCACUUUCAUGUGCUAUUUGGUUGUGUGGUAAUUAAUUGCACAACUAAAAGUAGACAAAAAGGGCUGCUCCAAUGUUUCAAUGUACCAAAAACUAAUAGGUUUGUGCUUGUAUACAUGCAAUGUGUUCCUCUCAUGGCAAACUGUUAAUUGCUGCCAUCUGUAAUGUGUGAUUAAAGCAAUAUUGUGAAAAGGUUUUGUAGAAAAUUCUGUUAAUAUAUGGCAGAUACAAAUGAACUACAAUUACUUGCGAAAAUUGAGCCUUAAUAAACAAACAGUGAAGGCAA